AUGAAUGCGCCGAACAAAAGCUUUGUGGACCUCGGCCAGGUCCUGCAGGAGACAGAAAAGAGCUACAAGGGCCAGCUGUGCCUGGAGCCUCCAGACAGGCAAAGAGUGAGCGGUGCUGUUCGUGCGGAGAUUGGUAUCACCUUGAAGGAAGCGCAGGAAGCAGAACAGGUGGACGUUGAAGCUCUGGCCUUGCUGCAACUGGUUGACACACAACUGGGACAUCACUAUGCAACAACCUCGGAACAGUUCGUGAACGAGGUGGCAUCUUUGGAGAUGGACCUCAGUCAGGUGGUUUUGCGCUUGGAGAGUGCAGAUGAUCAGCUGAGAGGACUCGCCACAGAACUUCGAGCAUUGGAAGCGCUGCCGAAGGUGACGUCAGGGGAGCUGCUUCCCAGACCUUUGGGGUUGGCAUCGUGCGACUUUCCAGAUGAAGGACUGUCAGCCUCCUCCAAUCAACAGCUGGCGGCGGCGGCGAGGCUACACCAAAGCCUUCUGACUGCUGGAUGGUGUCCGGCCACUUCGUCCCGGGAGGAGUUCCUGGAGGUGGACUUGGGGCAUGCGCGUGGCGACGCCAAGGUGGUCACUGCUUUUGCAUUGUUUGGGCCUGAGUCGAUGCUGUUAUUGGGCGACUGA